AUCGCAGGGUGCGCUGACUGUUAGCUUUAUUGUGUUUUCUCUGCUGCGCAACAAGGAGCAGCAACAUUUGUGAUUUGGCAACAGAAAAAGGCGAUUUUUCCAGUGACUCAGUGAAAAUCGACACGUUGACUUACGUUUGAGAAGUCUUGUGUGUUGUCCGAGUGUGAAAAAUCAACCCCUUGAGACUAUUUUGAAUUUGUGAAAAGAGCAGUGUGAAGAAAAUUGACGCACUUCGCGGAAGUUGUUUUGUAAACAAAACACAGAGAGAAAAUUUCUAAGCAGAGAAUUGAUAUUCUUUGUUCUCCUGCAAUAAAUCUGCGAUUCAAAGAGUAAACCCUGGGAAGACGGGUUGAAUAUACGUGGGCUGAAGAAAUUAAGGGGCUGAGGAAGAAAAUUAAGUGAAUUUGGGAAGUUUUGCAAGAAUUGUGAAAUAGAGAGAAGAGAGUGUUUGUGUUAGAGGAAUUUUGCCUGGCUUUUGGGCAAACAUUCGAGGUCAGCUGAAGAGGGAGAGGCAUCUUUUGGAGACACAGAGACAUCAGAGAUUAGAGAAGACGGCGCAGUUUGGAAAUUGGAACGUAGCAGGGAGUUUCUCAUUUGCCAACAAGUACCAGAUGGCAACUCCAGCAAAAAUGGGAGAUGAUUUGUCGUCUCUCGGAGAAUCAUGGAUUGAGCUGAAUUCAAAUGGAUCUGGCACAAAUUCGGGUCAUCGAAGUCCGGAACGUAUCACACCGCUUCCAUUCACAUCUGGUGAGGAGUACUUGAGACUCCUGCGCGAGGCUCAGCGUGAGUCUAAGGAGUCUAGUCGGGUGGUUUCCUUGGCUGGCUCCAGGCGUGAUUCACCAAGGAGUAGCCCUAAAUCACCACCAAACAGCCCCAACACAGAACUUUGCAUGGAUGAUCUUAAGGGGGUUUAUAUCAACUAUUGGAAUUCUGUCAAGGAAAAUGAUUCUGCUCAAAAUAAAGACUGGUUCUGGGAAUGGAGUAGUCGACCGGAUCAGCAGCCACCAAAAGAUUGGAAAUUCCAGCAUCCCCAGAGACGAGCUCAAGGAUAUUCCGUGCGUCUGGCACGCGUUGGAAAGAAUUCCCUGUUUUCAAAAGAAGUGCUGUAUUCACUUCUGCUCACCAAUGUCUUGUCCUUGAUUCUUGGUGCAGGAUUUGGAAUGUGGCUCAGUAAACGAGGAAUUUUGCUCACUCGUGUGUCUAUUGAAUGAGCAGGAAAGUUUCUCGCGCUAUAAUAAAGUGGCGACCCAGGCUAAAUGGAUGGACAGAUUUGACGAUUGGAGGAGAUUUUUUACACACAUUUUGCAGCAUAAAAUAAAAUAUUAAGAUUACAUUAUUUACUACUUUUUACAAUGAUAUCAAACAGAGAAAUAUUUUAGAAAAAAAAAAUGUCGGAUUCUUGUCCAUUUUCUCAUGCUUUUUGCAAAAUCCUUCCGUAAUGUCUUAAAAAAAAUGAAUAAAUAAAUAAAAAAAAGAAACAAUGAAUAAAAUAAAAGUAAAACAGGACUUCUUUUGCCAAUUCGGUGUGUCUAUUGAUGGGAACAGUGAAAUAAUAUCGUAAAACUUUUUGGAUAGAAGGUCAUAGAGAAAAAUUUACAUGUAGAAAUGUUUUGCACUUCUUUUAUUUAUGAUGGAAAAUUAAGCAAAAGAGCUGAAUUAUUUAUUUUUCAUGAAUGUGAUAGAUGGCAGAAGUGGAACAAUCAUUAAUAAGAUUUGAUUUUUUUUUUGGUACUUUUAUACGCGUCUGUAAAGUGAACGGAGAGAAGAGGUAAAUCCAAAUUAGUCUCUAAUAUAUUAUUCCUCUUUUUUAUAGUAGAACUUUUAUAAAAUACACUGUAACUACUAAAAAAAAUCAACAUUAUAUCCCAAUCCAAAACUCAAAUUAGUGAGAAAUUUAGUGUGUUAGUACAGACGAAAAAAUAUGGAUAAAAACUUAUUAAAAAAAAUAUAUUUAGUUUAUUUGAUAUAAUGAUCCAAGAAUAAAUAUCUCUUAUAUAUUGUAAUACUUCUAAACUGCAAAUUAGAAAUAUACAUUGCAUAACAAUUUAUCUAGUUUGAGAGGAAAAUAAAUAUUUGUGAAAUGA